AUGAACGCCGUCCGCAACCUCUUUCCUCAUCCCCACACUUUCUUCCCCAGCCAUUCUCGACAGACCAGCAAUACUAGUAAGCCGUACCAUCAUCUCCCAGGAUGGUAUUAUCGUCCAGAAUCUGCUACGUCGCCUAUCACACUCUCGUCCGAAGAAUUGAAUAGCUCUCCACGACGACGACAAAGACAGCAGAGAAAUGGUUCUGAAUACAAUCCUAGCUUAUCUUUCAACAAAGGGGAAAGUACAAGAAGCGGAAGGAGAAAUGAAGUGGAUUUUUCAAGACGUGGAAGGACUGAAAACUUUUCAAAAAGAUACGGUGAAGGAAAUGGGGUCUUCUCAGCUACACCAAAUGGCAGGAAGGGUAUUGAGAAUAUGGGAAGGGAGAGAGAAGUGGGAAUGGAAAUGGAGAUUCAGAGGAGAAUCGAUGGGAUAAUAGAAUUGCAGGACGCGAUAUCUCGAGAGCAGGAUAGGAUUGAGGAUGAGUGGAUGUUUCUUGAGAGGGCGUGGGAGGUCUUGGGAGAAAGUAGGGAUGCAGAGAGGGAGAGGGAGAGAGACUUCAAAGAGUGGAUAUUGGCGGAGAGGAUUUUGAAUGGAGGAAGUGGUCGAGUUGGAAAUGAUCGUCGGUACGGAGGGUGGAAUGAAGGGAGAUGGGAGGAUAUGGAUGCUGGCAGUCCGGAUACGAGGAGAUUGUAUUAG